UAUAAAAGGGGCUUUUCGAACUUGUAAAGAACCAUCAUCUACUACAGCAAAACACCAGAGUUUUGAACUGUAAUUUCAUUAUUUACGCGUUAAUCAUUAGAUUUUAACCACAUUUUCUUAAAAAGUACACAAAAUGGUGAACCAAAUUUCCAAGACUGAAGACUUCAAGGCUGUCAUUGCUCAAGACAAGCUUGUUGUUGUCGACUUCUUUGCUACUUGGUGCGGUCCUUGCAAGGCCAUUGCUCCUAAGGUUGAACAAUUUUCCAAGACCUAUAGCAAUGCUGAGUUUAUCAAGGUCGAUGUCGAUGAAUUGAGCGAGAUCGCUGCUGAGGCUGGUGUUCAUGCUAUGCCCUCCUUCUUCCUCUACAAGAAGGGCCAAAAGGUCGCUGAAGUUGUUGGUGCCAACCCUGCCAAACUCGAAGCUGUUAUCAAGGAAAACCUUUAAAUGUGAUGAAAGUAUUGUUUCCUAUAGUUUAGGUUAAUUAUACCCAUCACUGUUGAUGACUCGAGAUCUCUCCUCUGUUAAUUUUGUUUUGUGUUGAAUAUUUGAAUGAAUGAAAUAGAAUCUAUUCACUUUUAAUAAAAAAAGGAAACAGUUAUAUCUGAAGCUUUUUUCAAAAGAAUUGCCAUAAGAA